AUGAUCAUGAGUUACCAUGACAAGAGAAGGAAAGUGCUCGAGUUUGAGGUAGAUGAUCAUGUGUUUUUAAGAGUUACUCUGAUAACGUAUGUUGGUAGAGUAUUGAAGUCACGUAAGUUAACGCCACGUUUUAUUGGUCUGUAUCAGAUUUCUGAGAAAGUAGGUGAUGUGGCUUAUCGGAUUACGUUGCCGCCGUCACUUGCUAAUCUCCAUGAUGUGUUUCACGUGUCUCAAUUGAGGAGAUACAUUGCGGAUCCUUCGCAUGUUGUCCAAUUAGAUAAUGUUGAGGUUAGAGAUAAUUUAAUUGUGGAGACAUUACCUAUGCAGAUAGAAGAUAGAGAGGUGAAACAACUUCGUGGUAAAGAGAUCGCUUUGGUGAAAGUCGUCUGGGGAGUACCGGCUGGUGGAAAUGUGAUAUGGUAG